AUGAAUGAUGUUCUAAUGCCAUUAACAAUAUCAGUACAUCGUCGUGAUUUAUUUUCAUCAAAUUUUCAUAAUGAAAAUGAAAAUAGACUCUUUCCAUUUAAUACUAAUACUAUCAAUUGGUAUUUAAUAUCAUCAAUCAAUUCCAAUAUGUCUAAUAUUUCACCUUUAUCCAUAUCAUCAUCAUCUAAUCUAAUAAAUCUAACGAAUUCAACAUCAAUUCUAUCAAUGUCAAUAUUUCGAAUAUUACCUGUUGCAUUUGUUCUUUCAAGUAUUGUUGUUCUAUGUAUAUGUGGUAAUAUUCUUGUUAUUUUAUCUGUCUUUACAUUUCGACCAUUACGAACAGUUCAAAAUAUUUUUAUUAUUUCACUUGCUUUUUCUGAUAUGUUAGUUGCUAUUAUGGUUAUGCCAUUUCAUAUUGUUACACAUAUACUUAAUCGAUGGAUAUUUGGAAAUAUAUUUUGUCAAAUAUUUGUCACUUCUGAUGUUCUUCUAUGUACAUCAUCAAUAUUAAAUUUAUGUGCUAUAGCACUUGAUCGUUAUUGGGCAAUAAGUGAUCCUAUACAUUAUGCACGUCAACGUACAAUACGACGUGUACUUGCUAUGAUAACAAUUGUUUGGUUAUUAUCAGCAACAAUAUCAAUACCACCUAUAAUUGCAACUAUAUUUGGUUCAGAUGAAUUAAGAAAUUUUAAUGAAUUACAACAAUGUGAAUUAUCAAAAAAUAAAGUAUAUGUUAUUUAUUCAGCAUGUGGAUCAUUUUAUAUACCAGCAAUUAUAAUGACUGUUGUUUAUGCACAAGUUUUUUGUGAAACACGAAAACGUUUUCGUGAACGUGCUAAAGCUGCAGCAAAAUUAGCAAAUGUUGCUCGUACACAUAAAACAAUUAAAAAAAAAGCAGAAAAUAAUCAUAAUUAUCAUUAUAAACGAAGUUUAUCAUCAUCUGUAUUACAUCCAACAAGUUCAUCAUUAAAAUGUUCAGCAUCAAAUGGUAGUGGUUUAGAAAAUUUUAGUACAGAUGAUGCUGAUGAAAUGUCAUUUACAAAAAAUGAAACAAUAUCUCCAUUAUCAUAUAAUCAUAAUAAUAUAAUGCUUAAUAAUUCAUUAAUGCAAACUCAAAAAAUGGAUAUGAGUGCAUCACAAAUAUCACUUACUAUGAGUAUUGAUGAAAAUAAAAUACCUCCAAUAACUUGCGAUACAUUACCAUCCAAUGUUGAAUUAUCUAUACCAUUAUAUAGUCAAACUUCAAUAAGUGAAUCAAAAUCUGAAAUUGAUUUUAUAAAUCAACAACAAAAUGUAUCUGUACAAACAACAGAAUUUUUAAAUAAAUCAAAAUAUUUAUCAAAUAAACAUUCAAUUAAAGAUAAUGAUCGUAAAAUAUUAUUUAAAGGUAAAACAUUAGCAUCAUUAAUGCAUGAAAGACAAAAAAUAUCUUUAACACGUGAACGUCGUCUAUCACGUACACUUGGAAUAAUAAUAAGUGUAUUUCUUUUAUGUUGGUUACCAUUUUUUGUUGUUUAUAUUUUAUCAGCUUUUAUUGAUGUAGAAAUAUAUAUUAAAGAACCAUUACCAACAUUAAUACUUUGGCUUGGUUAUGUAAAUAGUGCUGUUAAUCCAUUAAUUUAUACAGUAUUUAAUGUAGAAUUUCGUACAGCAUUUAAACAUUUGUUACUUCCAACUACAAAAAAUAAAUCAUCAAAUCGAUGUUAUAUAGCAAAACAUAAUGGAAAAUAA